CGAUCUUCGAGCUUUAAGCUUCCUUUCAACAGUUCACAAGGCCUUGUCUCUCUAUGAUAUUGUGACGAUGAGCUCAACAGUAAUACUUGGCUCUGGCAUCAUCGGCCUAUCAAUCGCAUUUUACCUAGCAGACCAUCAACCAGGCUCGACAAUCCACCUCGUUGACCCUUCACCAGAGCUCUUCGCCUCAGCUUCAGGUUAUGCAGGCGGCUUCCUCGCAAGAGACUGGUUUUCACUCGCUUCAGCCUCCCUCGGAGCGCUGAGCUUUGACGAGCACAAGAAGCUCGCUGAGGAGCAUGAUGGUAGAGAGAAAUGGGGAUGGUCCACGACCACCACAUUUAGUCACGCAGCAGCACCUGUAAAGAAGGGCAAGAAAGAUGCCAGCUGGUUACAGGACGGCGGUAGCAGAGCAGAGGUCGCCGAAGCCGUCGAGAGUCCAAGUGAUGGGCCGCCAUGGCUGAGGAGGCAGCAUGGCGAUGACGUGCAGAACAUCGGGGAUCCAGAAACCACGGGCCAAGUGGAUCCCCUCCGCCUAUGCCACUUUCUCCUCGAAGAGUGCAAAUCUGCCGGCGUUCACAUCCACCACCCAGCCACAGUCCUCUCCAUCCACACCGACCUCCGCGACGAGCUCUCAUCGGUCAGGAUAGGAGACACGACAUCCUCCACAGAGACAGACGUCCCCUGUACCCGCCUCGUCAUCGCCGCCGGCGCCUGGUCGUCUCGCGUCUUCUCCCAGCUGUUCCCCGGCGCAUCACUACAGGUGCCCAUCUCCAGCCUCGCGGGGCACUCGCUCGUCGUGAAGCCAAAGCCUGGCACCUCGGAAUCGAGUUCUGGGAACCACAAGGCUACGACAGCUUGCCACGCCAUCUUCAGUACCGACGGCGCCGGCUUCUCGCCGGAGCUAUUCUCGCGGAUCGGAGGCAACGUCUACAUUGCCGGCCUGAACUCGCCAUCCACCCGUCUUCCGCCUCUGCCAGGCCAAGCACCCAUCUCCGCCGAAGCCAUCGCCAAGCUCAAGAGCACAGCGGCGCGCAUCAUCUCAUAUAGCAACGACAGCGGAUCGGACCUGGAAGUCAUCCGAGAAGGUCUCUGUUUCCGUCCGGUAACGGAUUCGGGCGCUCCCAUCCUAACCCGGAUCCCGGACGACCAGCUCGGGGGCGUCGCGACGCGCACCGGGGCCGAGGGCGGUGUAUUCCUCGCGGCGGGGCAUGGGCCUUGGGGAAUCAGUCUGAGUCUCGGGACGGGCAAGGUGAUGGCGGAGCUCAUGCAAGGGCGGAAGCUGAGCGCCGAUAUAUCAAGGCUUGGCCUGACGUGAGGAUAGCAAGCCUUGUGCCCAGCUAACCCGCUUGGUUUAGCUGUUCAUGCAGAACCUAUCAUGGUUUCGAUGAUGAUGACCAGGCGGCAAUACCGUCUCUUAGGUGGAAAAGGAGGCUCCUCCGUGAUUUCCUUGGAAAUGCUUCUGCCCAAGGUCCCGUGAACGUAAUGGCUCCCAGUCCUAAACCAGAUCGAUGAGGCGACGCCGAUAUCACGAUCAGCGCCUACAUCCACAUCGCCACUCGUGACUCUUGGAAAGCCCACACACCCACGGUAGCGGCCUUCAUAACGGCGCGGGUGCUAUGACAAUGCCCUAGUAGCAGCCGCCCGUCGCGCUUGCGUCGUGAGGGUGUGUAGGUGUGCAAAACACCGACCAGUCUCCAUCGCGGGAGGGCACUUGCUCCUCAGAAGCCGAAACGCCUGGGGGGAGUAACUUGUGAGGAACAGGCUGGCGCGGCUAGAUCGGCUCUUUUGAUGUAUGUCAAGAGCUGGGCAGAAAGAAAAAAAAAACACAUUACAAUUUGCCAAGUUCCGUCUUAACGAGGCGGACGCGGAGGCGGACGCGACGGGGCGGUGUUUGUUGAAUCUGUCUCCCGUCGGCAGUCGCAAAUGGGACAGAUGCCAUAUUUUCUGCCCAUCGUAUCCUUCGUUUCUUCUCGUAAAACACGGCAGAAAACUCUCUCUUCGCCCUGCCAAAAUUUUUGCCCAGAAAUAGCCGUCCAUGGUUGGAUUCAAGUCUACCUUAUGGAGUAGGUCAUACACUAAGA